AUGAAGUCUUCAGUUGCAACUCAUUCUUCACCAUCCCGAGUGUCGUUAAUCAGUCUAUCGUCGAAUGACAAAGAAAACACAUCAUUAUUGAUCGAAUUAGAUCAGACAAAAGUACAUGAUCUAUCUGUUGUUGAUGAUGAACAACAAAAGAAUAGAAAUGAAGAAUUACAAUUUAUUGAAUAUCAUCAGAUAGCUCUGGAUAUAUUACAGAAACAUUCUAUAGAUCAUAAUUAUUUAAAAGAGAUUCAUACACAUCCAAAUUUGAUGAAAUUUCUUAUUAAUCCUGAUCCAUUAACAAUGGGAAAUCGUGCAUCCUAUAAUGAUAUUCAUGAAUUUGUUACUCAACAUUUAAAUUCAGAUCCAGAAUCUGGUUUAUACAAAUUUAUUUGUCGUCGUGUAUCACAACAAUUGGUUGUUGUUCAUGGACGUAUUAUUCGACGUAUAAAUAGAAAUGCACGACAUGUUUAUCGAACGAAUUUGAAAGCUCGAGAAUUAUACAGUAAAAUAUCAACAUUAAAAGAACGUAUUAAUCAUGAAAUUAGUAAACGUUAUAAAAAUCAUCCAUAUCUAAAAUAUUUAUUAACUGAUCAAGAAUUUAAUUCUAUUAUUGAAUUUUUAUCAGAUACGGAUGAUAAUUCAUUUUUUAAACGUGCACCAGUUACUGAAAUUUAUCUUUUUAUUCGAAAAUAUAUAAAUAAUAGUAAUAUAUCAGAAAUGUCUAGAAAAAUUUCACGUAUUCUUCAAUCAAUUCAUCAAUCAUUAUUAAGAUUUACGUCGAAAGAUGAAUAUAAAAAAUCAAAACGGACGAUAAUAGUUAGUAAAAAAUCAACAAAAAAAGUAAAAUCAACAGAUAAAAAAGUUGAUAUGUUGUUUAUUUCAAAUUAUAUUGAUAAAGUAUCGUGGAAAUAUUCUCGUUUAGCAAAAAUUUUAGAAGAUGAUACCGUCAUUGACUAUCUUCUUCAAAUUAAUCCAAAUACUUACUAUACAAAUUUAUCACUUAACUUUAUUAAAUUAUUGAUAGAAAAAAACGAAAAUGAAACAUGUACAGAAGUUGAUUUAAAACGAAUUCAAGAUCAUUUAUUAAGUAUACAUCAAACUUAUCUACAUUCAGUAAUAAAAAUAUAG